AUGCUGAAAUUAACUUCUAUGAACAGUACAUUACCGCCAAUUAAUACACAUGGAAGAUCCUCGCUGGAUGAUUUACGUGCGGAUGGUCCGAACGAAACAAUAGAGGGUACAAUGCCUGGAAAACCAUCGAAUCUUCGUCGACAUCAAUCAAUCGAACCACAACGACGAAGUCCAAUGCGAGGUAAUCGUUUAGUACCAUCAACAGGGAAUAAAUAUAUGUCAACUUCAAUAACACCGCCUGUUGUUCCUGCUAUUUCAUCUUCGUUUGCUUCUGCUUCAUCAAUUAUUCAUACACCGUCGAUUGUACAAAUGGGUUCGCCUGGCCAAUAUGAACCACAUAGAACUGUUUAUCGUUCAAGCGAUAACAUAUGGAAUGAGCACACAAAUACAUCCACUCCACAUUUACGAUCGAAUAGUCCAAUAAAAAACCGUUUAACUGCAUUAUCUCAACGGUUAAGUACCGGAUUAGUACAAGAAAAUGUUGCUAAUGCACCUGGAAAGUCGAUACCUCAUGUUCCCAUUUCACCUCAAUUACAGCACACGCGAACUGACACUACUAAUCAUGCAGAUCUAAUUUUAUCAUCAGCAACCAAGCCUUAUCAUGCAACGAAACGUCGACAUACAAAUAGUUUCUUAGAUAAAACAUCUGGAGCAGUCGAUUAUAGUCCGUCAAUGCGUCGAGAUGUUGAUCGUACACAGUUGCCCAACAAUGCCUUACGAACACGUCAUAUAUCAUCUAAACAGCGAAGUUAUGUCAAUUCGAAAACAUCAUUCUAUGAAAUCAAUGAAAAAGAUAUCCAUGCAGGUAUACCAUUAGGCGGAAAUACUCCACCGGUGAAUCCAAUAUCCAGUACACAGCGCUUAUACGAAUCAACAUUUGAUUUAACAGCGAAUAAAAAACCUCUUUCGCCUAAUAAAUCUCGAUCGUUUCAUGUACCAGCAAAUAAUUUAAGUCAACAAGUUCAUUACGCUUCCGCCCAAGACGUUCACGGCCAUGAGAUAGUCCAGGACCCGAAUGAUUAUGCUCAGUAUGGUAUACAUCGUGCAACAUCCAAAGAACAAAUCGUACCUGCUUUAAAAUACCGUCGCGCAUCAGGUGAUCAAUCUGUUACGACAGCAACGCAAGCCCCGGUCGCAUCAACAACAUCAAUGGUAACAACAUAUUCUCCAGGUGAAAGACAUGCAUCUGCUCAAUCGUAUGAAUCUCGUGAUCCGAACAUAUCUUACGCAUAUACCAAUGUGAAAAAGUAUAUCGACGAGAAUGAUUUAAUGUCACCGGAAAAGGAAAAAUUGAUACGAAAGUGGAUAUUUGACGUUGAAAAGCAUCGACAGGAUUUUCAAAAAGCCGAAUGA